AUGGCGACAUUAGAAUCCGCUAUUACGGGUGCAGUGGCAUCAUCUCUGGCUAAUAUUGCUGUUUAUCCCUUAGAUUUGGCAAAGACACUGGUUCAAACUCAGUUGAAAGAGGAGCAUACCAAAAAGAGUUCAGGUAGUGUUACUGACAAACCACAGAAUGAUUCUAACAACAAAAAAGAGAAAGGUGUUUUUAUGGAAAAAUCCGAAUUGAAAUACAAAGAUUCUAUUGAUUGUAUUGUAAAGGUUUUUAAGGAACGAGGAAUUUCUGGACUUUACAGGGGUAUGCCAACGUCAAUCCUGGCUAAUUUCAUACAAUCCUUUUGUUAUUUCUUUUGGUAUACUUUUGUUAGAAGAUAUUAUUUUAGAGUUAAAUCUUCGAGAGCUAAAAAAUUGGGACAAACUGGUAGGACUAGUUUUAGUACGCUUGAAGAAUUGGCAUUAGGUGUUGUUGCAGGUGCUACUUCACAACUCUUUACCAAUCCAAUUUCCAUUGUAUCCACAAGGCAACAGACUGCAGAAGGUACAAAUGAAUCUGCAUCCCUAACAUCGGUUAUAAAACAGAUUUACAAGGAACACCAAGGUGAUAUUACAGGUUUUUGGAAGGGUCUCAAAGUAUCACUAGUUCUUUGUAUCAAUCCAUCUAUUACUUUCGCAUCGUAUCAAAAAUUGAAGACAUUUUUGUUUAGUACAGAGGAAUUGAUUGGCGGUAAAAAUGAUGAAUUGGGUGCAUUACAAAAUUUUAUACUAGGGGUUUUAUCCAAAAUGAUUUCAACCCUGUUCACCCAACCAUUGAUUGUUGCAAAAGCAUCAUUACAAAGAACGGGUUCCAAAUUCCGUUCUUUCCAACAAGUUAUUUGCUACUUGUAUCAACAUGAAGGAUUAUUAGCCUUAUGGAAGGGCAUCAGGCCUCAAUUGGCAAAAGGUAUAAUAGUACAAGGUCUACUCUUUAUGUUCAAAGGUGAACUAACCAAGAUUUUGCACAGGGCUAUUUUCUUACAGUCAAAUGUUUUCUUGCGCAAGCGUUCAAUAGCAAUAUAG